ACUUUGAGUGCUAAACAAAAGAAAGUGAUAAUUAUUGCCAUUUCAACUAAAAUUUCUGGUGUCCAUUAUAGGGUUGGUUGAAACACCCCUGUUGCGUAUUUGACAAUUGCAUUUGUAAACAGACGGAAUUUGUUAUACUCGCACCGGAUCAGUGAAUAAUUGCGUUAAAAAUGGGAAAAACUAAUAAGUGCCGAUAUAAAUAUACAGAAUCCGACGUCCAAUCGUGUGUUAACGCGAUUCGGAACCAUGUUCCGAUAAAACAAGCUUGCAAACAGUACCAUGUUCCGCGCUCUACCGUGAAGUAUCGCCUGGGAAAAAACUGGUCAGGAAAGACCAGACGUGGUCCGCCAAGUGCGCUUUCCGAAACGGAAGAAGACGAAAUUGUGGCAUGGAUCAAAAGGAUGGCCAGAAAAGGUUUCCCAGUAACCAGACAACAUUUAAUUCUGGCUGUCAAAGAACAUCUCAGAAAGCAUCCUCGUCCGGAAGGUUGUAACAUGAACGCAGGUAAGUGAUUCAUUAUUGUCUCCUACAUUAGUGUUUUAUUCAUACUAACGAUUCUAGGACUACGAUGGUAUCAUGCUUUCAUGAAUCGUCAUCCGGAUUUGACCAUACGGAAACCCGAGGAAGUGUCAGCAGCGUCUGCUACCGUCACCGAAGAAAACAUACGCAACUGGUUUCGUACGGUGGGAGAAAUUCUUGAGGAAGAAGGACAGCUCCAUGUAUUGAGUGACCCACUUCGAGUUUUUAACGGUGAUGAAAUCGGAUUCUGUUUGGAUCCCGAAACAAAAGCAGUAAUCUGUCCAAAAUCGGAGAAAAACGUGUACGUGAUUGACACAGGAUCCAAAAAGAACAUAACUGUUUUGAAUACCUAUGGAGCUUCCGGAGUCGCGGUCCCACCAUGUGUAGUGCUCCCUUAUCAACGAAUUCCGCUCAACGUUACGAAGAGCUUUCCCACAGACUGGGGAGUCGGGAAAUCUGAGACCGGAUGGAUGACUAAGGAAGCAUUCAUGGCAUACAUCUCCAAUGUUUUUCAUCCUUAUUUGAUCCGAGAGAAGAUUCCACUUCCGGUCAUAUAUUUCGUAGACGGUCACCGAAGCCACACCCCUUUCGAAAUUGCUGAAGAGUGCAUAAAAUUGGACAUAAUACUCAUAUCACUGUACGCCAACUCAACACAUAUCUUACAACCAGAUGAUGUAGCAAUAUUUCGAUCGCUUAAAGCAAGCUGGACUAAUCAGGUUCGCAUAUGGCAAACAGAACAUCCCGGGAAAGUCAUUAGGCUGGACCAAUUUGGCGGCAUAUUGAACAUGGCAAUAAGAGCAUCCUUCAAACCACAAACCGUUAUCAACGGUUUUAGAGUGUGUGGUCUUUAUCCAUUCGACGCUGAUGCCGUCGACUAUACAAAAUGCAUCGCAGGCAAACAAGACGACCAACCAUCAUCAUCAAGAGCAUCCAAGAAAGUUGAAGAAAGCGUCCUGAUACCUUGCCGUGACAUUCAAAACGCAGUCAAUACAGUUUCAAUUAGAAAGGCAGCGUUGUAUCGAUUGGUCGAUCCUGACGAUUUUGCGACUGAGACUGAGAAGGCUGUUUGUUUUAUAUAUAAAACGAUACUAGCACCGUUUGAUCAGCGCAAUAUUCCUGAUGUGGCAACAUUGUCUGAACCGGAAGAAGCUGCAGUACGUGAGCCAUUAUGUGACGAGGAGCUUGAAUUUCAAAACAUCAACAACUCUAUCACGUUUGACCAGAGCAGCAGUUCCCUUGACUAUGGAUCAGAUGGUCACAGCGACAAAUCAACUCAAACUGAUACGGUAGAUACAAAGCAAAAAUCAUUGGAUCAGGUGUCUUCAGCGUCCGAGAGCAUGCAGACCACAAUUAUAAGUCAACAGCAACUGACUGAUUUAGAUCGUAACGAUUUUUGUCGCAUAAUCGAGCAAUCGGAAAUAGUGUAUGCAGAUAACGUGGACGAUUUUCCAAAACCAUUUCAGCAGGAUGAGACAAUGUGCAGUGGCAUAGGAAUCGAAAGUAAGGAAGAUUCUGGUUACGAAACCCACCAAGCCACCGUUGAUUCGAUCAGCGAGAAUGAAUGCAACGUAAGCCAACAGUCGGUUGAAAAUGGAGUCGCAGAAAAUAUGAUUGCCAAAACAUCAACAUCUAUUUUUGAUGAGCCACCGACGCCAACAAAGAAGCGGAAGAAAUUCAAGCAAGCCAAAAGUCCUCCUGUACUUACAUCCAAAAAGCGGCUGGAGCUCCAUCAGGCGAAACAAGUGGAAAAGGAGAACAUUCGUUUGGAGAAGCAGAGAAAAUCUGAAGAAAAACGAAACGAACGAAUAAAGAAAGCGGAGUUGAAGAAGUUGUCAGCUAUCACAAAAUUGGAAGAGAAAUUGAUGCGCUUGAAGAGUAUUGAAAAUGAUGCUGCUUUGAAGAAUUGUUGAACUUGCAGUAACGGUUGAAUGUAUUUGAAUUUGAAAAAAUAAAGUAACAAACGCGUGGUGGUACAUGUAUUGGUCAAACAUUUUUUUAUAAAAUUGAAGAAAAGAAUCUACGCCUGCAAUCAACUCUCCAUAUUCGAUAUUUGAUAUCUUGAUACCGAGUUAGAGAACCAUAGCAAGAGCUGGUUAUUAUUAUUAUUAUUAUUAUCUAUUAACUUGAUACAUUCCUAAAAUAUCGUAUCGAAUAGGCUAUAUUUACUAUACGUCGGGUUCUAGACAAAUUAAACUACAACAGUCAAUAAACUUGACUUACAAAGUUAAAGAGCACUCUUAAUAAGCAAUUUGUUAGUCGAUUUGAUUAACUAA